UAAUCCUCCUUUUUCCCCUUCCAAAGGAGGUGUUCAAAGUAGCUAACAAAAUAUAGAAGCAACCACAAAAAUAACAACCCCAUACUAAAACAGCUAAAUAUCAAGUCUUUUACCAAAAACUGUAUGUAAAAGGGGGGAACCCAGAGAGCUAGAGCUUGCAGUUGAUUAGUUUAAACAGCAUCAGAAUCAGAGACUUGUUUAAAAAGAAAAAUUUUCAGAUGCCAGCAGCAUCUUGAUAAAGAAGGAGUUGAUUUCGUCUCUUGGAGCAGGGAAUUUCACAUAUGGGGGGCAUUGCCACAUAACAAGCCCACUGCAGGGGAUGGGCCUUGAAGUGGCUGAUCCCAAGUAGUUUAGAUCUUAAAAGAUAAUAAUCAACCCCUUGAAUUAUACUUGGAAAGAAACCAGCAGCCAGCGUAGCUGUUAGACUAAAAUGGUUGCAUGGUCCUAACACUCGGCCCAGUUAAGAUUUUACUGGCAGCAUUCUUCAGUGAUUUUAAUUUCCUAGUGGUUUUCAGGGACAGGCCCACCUACAACAUGUUACAGUGUUCCAAUCAAGAUGUAACUAAAGCAUUUAGCACCAUGGAUAAGGUUAAUACUUGCUUUAUUUCCCACAGUUUAAUUUAUUCCAUUGGCAGUACAGCUCAGUGAUCCUAAUGUUUAGAAUAUGUUUUUCACAAAUAGAGGACAUUUUUCACUUGUCAAAACAUUUUUGUUCAUUCUGCUAGGCUGCAGUGUGCCAGUGCAUAUUACAGUAUGCUAAAUGCAUUAUGCAAUAUAUGUUCAGGCAACUGUCAAUCUGCUGUCAAAUCAGUGAAACUUAAGUUUUUGUCUCAUUUUUUUGUGUGCUAUGAAAAUGAAAGUUAGCUUGUGGUAGUUUAUAACUUGACAGCUUUGUUGCAAAGGUUUGUGCUCAACAAGAGGUGAUGCUCUUGCCUUCCCUUGUUCAAAAGAAAGUCACAGCUGGCAUAAUCUAAUUUGGACACGUGAGAUUUCACUAAAUGUAGCUGAGUUGGAGCCCAUUUUUCUUUGUUAUGAGAUGGAGAAGUAAUAUGUAACAUUAUAUUCUGCUUUGCCUAGAUUGAAACUAGAGCAUGUAAUUAAACAUAGUGUAUGGCAUAUGCUUUUUGGUUUGUUAAACCUAAGUGGCUAUUAUAUUUAUCUAGCCCAGCAUUUAUACUGGAGGGCGUGUGGCUUGCUAUUCUUUCUGACAAGUUAUUUUAAGUUUGGUACAGCUAGCUUUUGCCACCAGUUCAAUCUCCUGCAAAUUGGGAAAUAAUUGCAUCUAACCCUGAGAUGGGCAACAGUCUCCUGGUACAUAAGUGGACAGUGACCUGUUUGUUCCGGUUGAUGUAGAAGACAGGUGUCAAAUCAGCAGGCAUAAAUCUGAGCAGCCAUGGCUGCUCAAUCCUUGGACCCUCCUCCAAACCCCAGCUGUAAAAUCAUGACUUUUCGGCCUACAAUGGAUGAGUUCAGGGACUUUAAUAAGUACUUGGCUUACAUGGAAUCAAAAGGUGCUCAUCGUGCUGGACUGGCAAAGGUGAUUCCCCCCAAGGAAUGGAAGCCAAGAAAAUGCUAUGAUGACAUUGAUUCUCUGAUUAUACCAGCUCCAAUUCAACAGAUGGUUACCGGGCAAUCAGGGCUCUUCACUCAGUACAACAUUCAGAAAAAGCCAAUGACUGUGAAGGAGUUUCGGCAACUUGCCAACAGUGACAAAUAUUGUACCCCAAGACAUUUAGACUAUGAAGACUUGGAGCGCAAAUACUGGAAAAAUCUAACUUUUGUGGCACCGAUCUAUGGAGCUGAUAUUAACGGAAGCAUAUAUAAUGAAAACGUUAACGAAUGGAAUAUCGCUCAUCUUAAUACUAUACUGGAUGUCGUAGAAGAAGACUGCGGAAUCUCAAUUGAGGGAGUCAACACCCCAUAUCUGUAUUUUGGCAUGUGGAAGACAACAUUUGCAUGGCAUACUGAAGAUAUGGAUCUCUACAGCAUUAAUUACCUCCACUUUGGGGAACCGAAAUCAUGGUAUGCUAUCCCUCCAGAACAUGGAAAACGACUUGAACGACUAGCUCAAGGAUUCUUCCCAAGCAGCUCUCAAGGAUGUGAUGCUUUCCUGCGCCAUAAGAUGACGUUAAUUUCUCCAUCAAUACUGAAAAAAUACGGAAUUCCAUUUGACAAAAUAACACAGGAGGCAGGAGAGUUUAUGAUCACUUUCCCAUAUGGAUACCACGCGGGAUUUAAUCAUGGUUUCAACUGUGCCGAGUCAACGAACUUUGCAACGAUCAGGUGGAUUGACUAUGGAAAAGUAGCUAAGUUGUGUACCUGCAGGAAAGACAUGGUGACAAUAUCAAUGGAUAUCUUUGUAAGGAAGUUUCAGCCAGACAGAUACCAUCUGUGGAAACAAGGGAGAGAUUUAUACACCAUUGAUCAUACAAAGCCCACCCCUGAAAUGACACCCGAGGUAAAGGCCUGGUUGCAGAGAAGAAGGAAAACAAAGAGAUCUUCCAGUUCCCAGCACAACCGAUCACGAUCAAAAAAGCUGAAAACUCCAGAGGACAAGAAGGUAUCAACCAUAGUGGCUGGUACAGAAAUCACCGUCGUUGGAGCAGCUCCAGAGAGCUUCAAGGUCAAAGAAGAGCCACCAGAAAAACUAAAGGCAAUAAACACAGGGGUGCCUUCUGGGGAAGAACAAGAUGCAAGCAGGAUGCAGAUGGAUCACAAUUUAUUGGAUAACAAAAAGGUCUCAGGUCAUAACUCUCCUCAUAGCCAUGGUCCUCUAAUCAAAAACACACACUCUGAAGUGGAAGAGAAAGGAGACUCUGGCUCUGUGUAUUUUUGUUCUGAGGAAUCGGCACUGGGCUUACUUUCAUCUGCUAGCUGUAACCGGGAAGACAAUUUGAAAAUUUCAACUACUUCAAGCCAGGCUCUUGAGUAUGCUUCUUCCGAAGCUGAGAGCCUGGAGAAAGAAGAAACUAGCAGCUUGUCUACAGAAGAGGAUGAUAUCAGCGAUACUGAAAGCAGUGAAAAUGGUUUGGAGCCUGGAGAAAUAUCACCACUGGUAACUGAAGGAGAGAGAACAAAAACAUCUAAAAGUUGGCGUCAUCCGCUAAGUAAACCCCCCGCCAGAUCUCCUAUGACGCUGGUUAAACAGCAGGCAGUAAGCGAUGAAGAACUGCCCGAGUCUCUCUUAACUGAAGAAGACAUACAAGAAACGGAGUCCUGGGCCAAGCCUCUUGUCUACCUUUGGCAGAACAGAGCACCAAAUUUCACUGCUGAAAAGGAAUACAAUGCAGCUGUUGCCAAUUUGGAACCCUGCUGCGCCAUAUGCACGCUCCUCAAGCCUUACUACAAGGCUGACAACCCUAAUGAAGAACACUAUAGUUGCUCAGCAACAAAACAAAGAGAAGGUUUUGUGGCCAGAGAAAAGACAAAACCACUUAUUCCAGAGAUAUGUUUUAUUUAUAGUGAGGAGAACACUGAAAACUAUCCGUCCAAUGGCUUUCUUGAAGAAGAUGGAACAAGUCUGCUGAUUUCGUGUGUGAAGUGUUGUGUACAGGUCCAUGCAAGUUGCUAUGGUGUUCCUUCCCAUGAAAUCAAUGAUAGAUGGCUAUGUUCUCGAUGCAAAAGAGGAGCCUGGACAGCAGAAUGCUGUCUGUGUAAUUUGAGAGGUGGAGCGCUCAAGCAGACUACCAACAGAAAGUGGGCUCACGUCAUGUGCGCAAUUGCUAUUCCCGAAGUGAGAUUUGUGAAUGUCAUAGAGAGGACACCAAUAGACACAAGCAGGAUACCUUUGCAGAGGUUAAAACUGAAAUGUAUCUUCUGCCGACAAAGAAUUAAGAAAAUAUCUGGCGCCUGCAUCCAGUGUUCCUACGGACGUUGCCCAGCUUCUUUCCAUGUUACAUGUGCUCAUGCCGCAGGAGUGCUGAUGGAACCAGAUGACUGGCCUUAUGUUGUCUAUAUCACAUGUUUCAGGCACAAAAUCAGUCAAAAUGUGGACAUGACCUUCAACAAGGAAGGAGUGAUGAAAACACCACCUGUGUCCCAGUGUCCUUCACCUUUCUACUCAGAGUCUCAGCGAUUUGCAAAAACCAAAGCCUUCGAGAAAACGGUCUCAGCCGGCCAAACUGUCAUAGCGAAACACAGGAACACACGGUACUAUAGCUGCAGAGUAAAAGAAGUUACAUCUCAAGUUUUCUACGAAGUCAUGUUUGAUGACGGUUCCUUCAGCCGGGACACCUUCCCUGAAGACAUUGUGAGCCGAGAUUGCCUGAAGCUGGGCCCACCUGCAGAGGGAGAAGUCGUUCAAGUGAAAUGGCCAGAUGGAAAACUUUAUGGUGCAAAAUAUCUAGGAACCAAUGUAGCUUACAUGCAUAAUGUGGAGUUUGAAGAUGGUUCUCAGAUAGCAACGAAAAGGGAAGAAAUCUACACUCUGGAUGAAGAACUGCCCAAAAGAGUGCGGGCUCGAUUUUCUACAGCUUCUGAUAUGAGGUUUGAAGACACAUUCUAUGGAGCCGAUAUUAUACAAGGAGAAAAGAAGAGGCAGAGGGUAUUGAGCUCCAGAUUUAAGAACGAGUAUGUGGAUGACCCCGGAUACCGCAGUUUCCUGAAAACCUCGUUCCAGAAGAAGUGCCAGAAGGGAUUAUAAAAGAAGAAGAAAUGGACUUCUGCUCACCUCUCUCUUUUCCUUUGUGUGCGGAGGGGAUGCAGUUACUAAAUGUGGGGUUUUUAAAAAGGACAGGUGAUCAUCUUUUUUGUCUGACAUGUAGCUUGUGGUUCAAACACAUACUGAGAGUUUGAUCUAAAAAUAUCUCGGGCACAGACAGUGUUUCUUGACUGAAGGGCUGCGAUUUGUGGGCUAAUAUGCUAAACAAGGACUGUCUGAUUCACAUCAAGGAUCGAUCCAUGUCACAUUGCCCCUGUCCAAGAACAUGCCUAAGAACUCAGAGUACCACCGAUUGGAGAACUUUUAGUCUUGCCUUGCACUGACAGUUACAAGAGAAGUUAUAUACCAAUCUAGGUGAGGAACUUUCUUCAGCCUCCAAAGUUCAAGAUUUGCAAUCUACAUUGUCCACAAAAGGAAAAGGGAGUUCAACCAUAUAUAUAUAUAUAUUCAAAGCUUUUCUAAAAAAAAUAAUAAAAAAAAUAUAAACAGCACUGAGAUCUACAAAUACUGCUGUACUGUCAUAAUUUUGUACAGCGCUUCCCACACUGUUUAUGCCUCCUGUGCUUUCAGUGCUCUCUGGCCAGGACUCAGUUGUUUAAAUGUGAUGGUGGGGAGGUAUUACUAGCGAAGAGAAAGGUGCUUCUAAAGAGGGAGCCACCUUCAGGAAAUGAAUUGUGGGUGUAUAUUUAAAGAGAGAGAUUUUGGCAUCUAUUUUUAAAGGGUUUUUUUCCACGAUACUCUGUGGGGACGACAGCAAUUUGUACAAUGAAAUGUCUUUUAUUGUGUUUGUAAAAUUAGAGUUUACAUAUCUUCGCUUGGCAGGCUAGGUUUGAACUAAUGUAAUAUAGUAAUAUAAUAUGGUCUUCCCUUUUUAAAUAAUAGUCUGCAAAUGUAAUAGUGUUGGAAAUAAAAAAAAAUGAUGUCCCUUUGUCUACUAA